AUGUUAUUGCAGCCAACGCCACCGAAAAAGCCACCCAGACGCAAUCUCUCCGUCUCGCCGACGCACCUGCAGACCCAGAUGUCUCUGUCGGCGGACUGUACUUUGGGCCCGAGCAACUACGAGUAUCUGUUCAUGGCGCGCAGCGGCGCCCGCAGUCACAUCGACCUGGAACAGCUACAGAAACGUCGUGAACAACUGCGUCACGUGACGAGAAGCGUGGACCAAUACGUGGAGAUGAAGUCGCCACGCGUGCCGGAUGGCGAGGAGAAGCGCGAGUCGAACGUCGAGCCGGUUGCCAUCACUUCCAUCUACGAGAACAGGCCGAUCAAGACGCUGAAUCCCCGACGAAAGUUACGCAGGCACGCGUUCGAGAACUACGAGCCGGAGAGCAGUCCAUGCGCGGACAAGUCGCCGUGCAGCGAGACCGACUCGUUCGUCCAGGAGCCGACGUUCGUGUCGAACGCGUUCCUCACGCUCAAGUCUUCCCAGGAAAGCCUUCUGGACGACAAGCGGGACGCCGUCGACGAGCACCCGACGCCGGAGGGUCGCGAGGCAACCGACAAGCGCCUGAAACGAGUACAAAUGAUGCUGCCCACCAGUCCCACGCACUAUGCUCAGCCACCGACGCCUGAUCAUCCGCCACCAUCCGCCAUGCAGGCCGAAAAGUCGAUUCACGAGAGGAUUCGUCCUUUGAGUCAGGUGUACAAACGGCGGUCCCGCGACAUGGAAACGGAAACCGACGAGGAUUUAUUGCAGUUUCCGGCCGGCGGCUCCCUGGACGCCAGCAGCGGAUCGUUAUCGAGCGUGUCUCUGUCGGACAAGAGCAUGUCGACGGACAACGUCGAGGAAUACUUCGGGGAUGUGCCGUUCGCAGGUAAACAGCAACGCACGCUUGGCUGCACCGCAUGACGCUUCUUUCUGCCCACGUGUACAUGCAUAAUCGUUGUGUUACGUCUUUGUUUCUUCUUAUUUUGACCGUCUGCCUGACGACGAUCGCCACCCAGGCAAUCGUCAUCCCCGGGGGAAACCGAUGAAACAUCACUAACCAUUCUAUAAAUAUAAUAUAUAUCUACAACAAACGUCAAAACCAUCGAAAUGCGUAUCUCGAUUGACGAAUGUUAGCUCGUCUGGCGAAACGACUUAGCAAUUAGCCCGUCCGAAGACGAGCUUCUUCACCGAAGAACUCCGAUUCUUCUUUCAUCGUCUGAUUCUUCAGUUCUCGCAACCGACUCGACUGCAUUGUCCACGAAGAGUUAAUAAUAUCAGCGAGUCGGCCUGUUGUUGCACCUGAAACAUUAUCUUCACGAUCUUAAUUUGAAGAAUUAUCGCGCGCUCGUCUACAACGUUAUUCACACUUGUGUAACCAUGUAAUAAUUUGUAGAGUCUCGCUGA